GAGGCAGUAUGAACCAGACUGAUGUUCUGUCUCCAUGCCAACUGAAGCUUCAGGUCGAGGUACACCUAAACUCUCCUGUCAGAAGGUGACCUCUCUGCCCCAAUCCAAUCUCUACAGGAAUAUGCCCAGGCUGCACGAUGGACUCCAACAACACAGAGUUGGGCCUGUACUCGGCAUCCGACGCCCUGGGAGUGGGAAUCUACCCGGAAUCCACUCCGUGGCCACUGCUCCAGAACACAAGCCUCAUCAACCUCAGUGCUGUUUUCAAGCUCAAUGGAAGUAAUGUUGAGGUUGAAGGUCAAUCCUAUGAUCCUCUGGGCGGCCACUCACUCUGGCAGGUCAUUCUCAUUGUUAUCUUUACAGGACUGCUGUCCCUUAUUACUAUUAUCGGCAACAUCUUGGUCAUGGUGUCGUUUAAAGUCAACAGGCAGCUUAAAACAGUUAACAAUUACUUUCUACUGAGUUUAGCCGUUGCAGAUCUCAUCAUUGGGGUCAUCUCUAUGAACUUGUACACGGCCUACAUCAUCAUGGGCCAGUGGGCAAUGGGAAACUGGGCGUGCGACUUCUGGCUAGCCAUAGACUAUGUAGCCAGCAAUGCAUCUGUCAUGAAUUUGCUGGUCAUUAGCUUUGACCGCUAUUUCUCCAUUACGAGGCCUCUGACGUACCGUGCCAAACGUACCACCAGGCGGGCAGGAGUGAUGAUCGGCCUGGCAUGGUUUGUGUCGCUUAUACUUUGGGCACCUGCUAUUUUGUUUUGGCAGUAUUUUGUUGGAGAAAGGACCGUUCCACCGGAUAAAUGCUACAUUCAGUUUCUCUCCGAGCCCAUUAUAACGUUUUGCACCGCAAUGGCGGCCUUCUACCUGCCGGUGACAAUAAUGAGUGUUCUGUAUUGGCGAAUAUACAAAGAGACGGAGAACCGUUCUCGGGAACUUGCAGGAUUACAAGGCUCGGGCGCACGGUUUGUGGGUGUCGAACGACCGCGUUUCCACCUCCGCGCUACUGGGGGGAGCUCUAGAAGCUGCAGCAGCUUCGAACUGGGCCAACCUGGCCACAAACAAAGCUCCUUUCAUGGUCUGAGCGGCCGCUUCCACUGCUGGGGGUGGAAGUCGGGUGGCAGGGAUAAAGGUGGCCCACACCGGGAGGCGGAUCAGAGCAGCAGUGACAGCUGGAACAACAACGACACUGGACUUUCAGCCGACCACUCGGGCUCAUCUGACGAGGACGAGAGCGCGCCAUCCACCACACGGGCGAUCUUCUCCAUUGUUCUCAAUCUGCCUGGCAUGAGGGCAGCUGUAAGCUCCCAGGUUACUUCUUGUGAGGAUUUGGACACGGAGGAAGAUCCGUUACAGUCGCCUGAAGAGAAGGACGGCAGGGCUGGCAGCAUCUCGUGCUCCGUCACCAACGGCAACAAGCGUUUUGUCGCAAGUAUGGGUAAAGUUCCGUCAAUGUCCUCCAUACAGCCUUCAAUAAAUCCAAGCGCAGAUGGUGGGAACACCACCAUCAAAUCUGCCUCAGCGCCCAUAACUUUCAAAGAGGCAGCUCUAGCAAAGCGUUUCGCAGUUCGUGCAAGGACUCAAAUCACCAAGCGGAAGCGCAUGUCGCUAAUAAAAGAAAAGAAAGCGGCACAAACUCUAAGCGCCAUCCUUUUCGCCUUCAUUAUAACGUGGACGCCUUAUAACAUCAUGGUGCUAGUAAACACUUUCUGCAAUGGCUGCAUACCUGAGAACCUCUGGGCGUUAGGCUAUUGGCUAUGCUAUGUUAACAGUACAGUAAAUCCUAUGUGCUAUGCACUUUGCAACAAGACUUUUCGUACCACUUUCAAGAUGAUCCUGCUAUGUCGCUGGGAUCAGAAAAAAAGCAAGCCAAGCUUUCCACAAAGACAGGCUGUGAGGUUUCACAGAAGUAUACCAACAGACUCUACAUAGCAGCUCAGUGGUGAGGCUAAAUUGCUAAUCCUAAAAUGUAAGUUGUAAGGGGAGAUUCCUCAAGUAUCUGUAGUAUAUACUGAAGCGUUAAUGUGUGAGUGUCAAUGUGGAUUUGUAGUUCAGUCUCUUAGGAUCCCUGGUCACUAGAUUUUAACAUUAAGGCACUGUGGUUUAGUGUACAAAGAGCUUCACACCUGAGCAAGUGCAAUUGCCAUAAAUACUUCCUGUGACUUUUAUACUUUAUGCCUUUAAAACGGCAGUGCCAACUUUCAGGAGUUCAGCAGCA